AUGGCUCGCGCACCGACAUUGCUGGCCACCAUUACAGAGAAAAAGAAAAAGAAGAAGAGCAGGAAGAAGGAGGCGGAGGCGGCGGCUCCUGCCCCCGAUCAGGAGCCGGCCGACCCUAUGCAGGAACAGGAGCGAGAGUGGCCGCCUCAGGUCAUCGACGAGCCUGACCCCGAGCUGGUGCAGGAUGAAGAGGCGCCGUUGAACGAGGCUCUGGUGAACGGCGAAGCUCCACCGCUGGGUGAUGGACUGGACGAGCCGCCGCAGCAGAUCGAGAAGAGGAAGUCGCCCUACCCGGUCUUCUGGAACCGGCCCAAGGCCAGAAUGUACCGCAUGAACUUCGACUACGGCGAGACCUACUACAGCAAUAUGAUGGCCUACCUUAACAGCAAAUCUGGCAGCAUCUACCGCAAUAACAUGCCGCCACCCAAGGCACAGUCGUGGGCGGAGCGGGCGCACAAGUCGGCGACGCUGCGCUACCCCCGCCAGGAGGCCGACCUGAGCGCCAUGCUGCAGUCGGUGCGCUCCAACAUCCGAAACUACGACAUGCACCACCGCCAGUACACCUCCAAAGUGCAGAGCGUUUACGGCGGCUCUAAGGCGCUGUGAAAGCUCACUCGGUCGCCUAGUGAAUGUUGGCAAUGAGCAUCAGGCCACAGCAGCGCCGCCUAGCAAUAGCACCAGG